UGGGGCAAGCGGGUUGGUGACCUGGGAAGGCGCGGGUCGGGGGUGGCGUCUCGCGCGGGUCUUCGGUUCGCAAAGAAAUGAGCCUGAGCCUGCGGCGGGGGCGGCUAUCGACGGGGCUGGCCCUGCGCGGGAAUCCCCGGCUGCUGGAGGGCCGGCCGGCCAUGGCGUUCCUGAUGGCCGCCCUGCGCGUCCUGCUGGGCGGCUUCUUUGCGCUCACGGGGGCGGCCAAGCUCUCGGGGCAGAUUUCGGCCCCCGCGUCGGAGCCGAUGAUUCGUAACUUCUCUACCAUCCCCCAGCCUCCUUCCCUCAGGGAGAUCACGGAGAGUCGUUCCAAGUCCCCAGCUACUCACCUCAGCCUGGACCCAUUUGGAGCUGCAGGGACCUUGCUUUCCAUUCCAGUGGCCAUCUUCACAUUGGCUUCUCUGAAACAGUCCCUGAGCACCUGCACCCCAGCCAUCGUCUGCCUGGGGCUUCUGCUGCUGCUGAACGCCUGCCAGGUCUUAGCCCAGACUUCAAAGGUGGUGAGACCUCCGAGGAAGAGAACCCCAGGUCCAUUCAAGGAGUCCCGGGUGGAGAGAGUCUCUGCCUUUUUGUCCACGCCGCUGUCAUAACUGGAACACGGUUGGCACAGUCUAACACCUCAUUACCAGCAUGACCAGGGUCGCCAGGUGUUGAAGGAGACAUCUUGUCUACCUGACUGCGAUUUCCCUCUAACUUUACUGUUCUUUUUUGAGGGGUACAUGUUACACAUGCUAACAUUUCUCACGUCCUGUGAACAUAGGAGAUGGCAGGCAGGAAGCUUAACGCAAAACUCAGUGCUCCAGAAUAGCCACUUUUGUUUCUAUGCCUUGGUACAGAUACAUCUUUUUUCAAUGAAAAUGAGACUGUAUAUAUUAUUACCUAUUUUUGAAACCAACAUAUUGUAACACAUAUCUUCUUUACCUCAUCCAUGUUAGUGUCUGCAGAGGGUUUUGUUGUAAGGCUGCAUUCACAAGGAGUACUUUGGUUCCCAGUUUUCCAUUAUAAAGCUCACAAUAAAUCGCCUUUGCACACUUACUCUCUCCCCAGCAGUGAGGAUGCUGGUUCCAAAUGCACAAACAUUUGUAAGGUUUAGAGUAUACACUUAACCUGUACACGUUGACUGUCAGAGUUUGAGUACCUGCCUGUGCCCUUCAAGCCACCUGAGGGAUCCCCUCAUCCCUUUUUAUCUCAUACUUUAGAUCUGCUGAGCUAACAGAGAUGUUGAGUCUUCACAGGACCUGAAUCGCCAGCCUUUGGUGACUGUGGCACUCGGUCUAGCGCUCCUUGACAGCAACAUGGAGGUGGGGGACACCAGCUCCAUGGAACACCGAAUGGAAUAGCGGGGCCCAAGCCUGGGAGGAAUCGGAAAGGCCCUUGGAGGUCAGAAGGGGGAUACGUGUGCAUGCGUGUGCAUGUGCGAGUUACUGAGACAAAGUGGACAACUGUUAGAGCAUCUACUGUCAAGAGUUCAUGUAUUUCUGCAGAUAUCCCAGCUACCAGCUUACAGAUUGCUUGGAGGGGGAGGAACAGUGGCAUUUGGGAGCCCACAGGGUUGAAAGAAAUCUGUGUAUCACUCCCAUUUCGUGCUCACAGCAGGACGGGAAUUCCUGCUCUCACUGGCUAGCACCCGCUCAGGCAAGCUCCCUGUGGUUGCAUCUGUCCCUCUUGUUCUGAAAGCUCAGCGUUCCGCUCUCUGUAUGGGAAGGAUGGAUGAGUAGGUAGUACAGAAAUAUAUGUAGUGUCGAAACAGGAGACUUCUCUCAGGAGGCCCAGGGACAAUAUAGCUUCCAUUUCAGUGCUGGUUAAUUUGCUACUUAGUCAUGAUAUGACAAACCAACAUUCUUUUGACUUCUGCUCUGCUGCUUUCAAUUUAUUGGCCACUGGCCUCCAAGUUCCAAAAUAGCUGCUGCAGCUCUCAACAGCACUUUUGCACAGAACAUUGAAAGGUGAAAAAAAAAAAAAAAAAAAAAAAAAGGAAGGCUCUGGAUGCCCUCUCACAUCUCAUGGGCCACAGUUGUGCUCAUUUUCAUCCUUAGACCGCCGCUGGAGAACAGCAUUCCCAUGAUGGACUCAGACUGAGUCACCCACAUUGGUCAGCAAGGGUGGGAGUGGGGGUGGACAGUGGUUACUGCCACUUACUGGCUUAUUCGCAAAUGUGGGUAAUAAAUGUAAACAUUUCAUAGCC